GCUGUCGCCGUUGCAGCCCUGAGCUCAGCCGGGAGCCGAGCAGACAGCACCAGCUGGAGCUAGCGGAGUGCCGCGCCUUCCCACCCACGAAGCCAGGGCAAAGUUGGACAGCAGGAGGUCAGUGGCUUCCGGGCCUGCGGCUCGAGCAGCACCAGCCAGCUUCCUAAGCCAGGUCCGUGGGGCAGCGAGAGCGCGUCCGUCCGGGAGAGCGGCCGAGAGCUGGGAGAGCAGUCCCUGGAGCGCUGCCCCGACGGGCGCCUGACGGCAGCGCAAUCGGCUGGCACGCCGGGAAUCCGGACACCUGACAGUGUUGGUGUGAGAGCGGUGCUUCUGGGGUGGUCCUGAGCCAUGGACGCGCCUCUGCAGACGGAGAUGGUAGAGCUGGUGCCCAAUGGCAGACACUUGGAGGGGCUGCUCCCAGUUGGUAUUCCUGAAGCCGACAACCAGAGGGUGGAGGACCCCAGACAGAGCUGUGUGGAGAGCAAAGGCUUCCUGCAGAAAAGCCCCAGCAAGGAGCCGCACUUCACAGAUUUCGAGGGGAAAACAUCAUUCGGGAUGUCAGUGUUCAACCUCAGCAACGCCAUCAUGGGCAGUGGCAUCCUGGGGCUCGCCUAUGCCAUGGCCAACACAGGCAUCAUCCUUUUCCUGUUCCUGUUGACGGCGAUCGCCCUGCUCUCUAGCUACUCCAUCCACUUGCUUCUCAAGUCCUCUGGGAUUGUGGGCAUCCGCGCCUAUGAGCAGCUGGGCUACCGUGCCUUUGGGACCCCUGGAAAGCUGGUGGCAGCUCUGGCCAUCACACUACAGAACAUUGGAGCCAUGUCCAGCUACCUGUACAUCAUCAAGUCUGAGCUGCCUCUUGUCAUACUCACCUUCCUGAACCUGGAGAAGCAGACCUUGGUCUGGUACCUGAAUGGGAACUACCUGGUGAUCCUGGUGUCUGUCACUGUCAUUCUGCCCCUGGCACUGAUGCGGCAGCUUGGCUACCUGGGCUACUCCAGUGGCUUCUCUCUUAGCUGCAUGGUGUUCUUCUUAAUUGCAGUCAUCUACAAAAAGUUCCAAGUGCCCUGCCCGUUGCCCUCCAACUUGACCAACAUCACAGGCAACUUCAGCCACAUGGAGGUGGCUGAGAAGGCACAGCUGCAGGGCGAGCCUGAGGCUGCUGCCCUCUGUACCCCGAGCUACUUCACCCUCAACUCACAGACAGCAUACACCAUCCCCAUAAUGGCCUUCGCCUUCGUCUGCCACCCUGAGGUGCUGCCCAUCUAUACAGAGCUCAAGGACCCCACAAAGAGGAAAAUGCAGCACGUCUCCAACCUGUCCAUCACCGUCAUGUAUGUCAUGUACUUCCUGGCUGCCCUCUUCGGCUAUCUCACUUUCUACGACAGGGUGGAGUCAGAGCUACUGCACACCUACAGCCAGGUGGACCCGUUUGAUGUGCUGAUCCUGUGUGUUCGCGUGGCUGUGCUGACAGCAGUCACACUCACGGUGCCAAUCGUUCUCUUCCCGGUGCGCCGUGCCAUCCAACAGAUACUAUUUCAGAACCAGGAGUUCAGCUGGGUUCGGCAUGUGCUCAUUGCCACUGUCCUACUCACUUGUAUCAACCUGCUGGUUAUCUUCGCCCCCAACAUCCUGGGCAUCUUUGGGAUCAUUGGUGCCACAUCUGCCCCAUGCCUCAUCUUCAUCUUCCCUGCCAUCUUCUACUUCCGAAUAAUCCCCACCGAAAAGGAGCCUGCAAGAUCUACCCCCAAAAUCCUGGCCCUGUGUUUCGCUCUGCUUGGCCUCUUGCUGAUGACCAUGAGCCUGAGCUUCAUCAUCAUUGACUGGGUCUCAGGAAACAGCCAGCACGGAGGAAGCCACUAGGAUUCCCCUGUUCUGUUUACUCAUCCUCAUGUCCUCUCGGACUCCCCAGCCCCUCCCCAUCCAGUGGCCAGUCAAGGGGAAAAAGAAAGGGAGAAUGGCACGUUUUUAAACACUAUGGCAUUUGGCUUGGCCUGUUUCCUCUCCUUGGAAGGUUUUCCUUAAAGAGCCAGGACCAAACACUUUGGGCUACUACCUGAGGGGCUGUAGAGCUGCAGAGGCUCCCUGAGCUGGGAACAAGGUAGAGUUGUCACCUCAGAUCCCACCCAAACCCAUCAUGCCCUUAGCUGCAUAUGCUGAGGCCCAGUAGCUGCUUCCUGAGGUCUGUUAGGGCACACAGAGUCAGAAGCUAGACCUGUAGCCAACCCCUCGCCCUGCUGCAAGGCCAGAGUCUGCACCCUAAAGCCUCAUCUCCUCUAGCCCACCUGUUUUCCCUUUUUCUAUCCCUUUGGCCCCUUUCAGACAUGGGGCCUCAUACCCUUGGAUACUCUUGUCCUCUUCUUCUGUCCUCCCGCCAGGAGGAAACCUCACUCUACCCCAUGGCUAGGACCAGCAAAUUCUGCUGAGGAUGGGGCUGUUGUGGGCACCAAGGGAUCCCUGCCUAUCCCAUCACCAGUCCCGGGGAGGCUGGGCCCCCCGAACCACAAGCCUGGGCCAUAGCUCACAUUCCACUACUGGGGGAAGAAGCUCUGAGCCCAGUGUCCUGCCUUGGGAGCUAAAAAUCCCAGGGCCCAGCUGGAGCAGGGCUGGGGAGGCUGGCGGCUCUUUUAUAAACCUUAUACUUAAAACCUA